AGUGAGAUCGUGAAAAUUAUAAAGUGAGGAAGUGAAAGAAAUUUUUCCGAGGGUUUCGCAAUCUUUUUGCGUAAACAUUUGCUGAUUUUUAAAUUUCUAGUCAUUUUUGAUCUCAGUUUAAGCUGAGAAGAAAAAAAUAAUUUCACAGCAAAAAAUUUAAAUUUCACAUCCAGAUGUCGCUCGUUGAUCUCAUUAUAAGCUGUUCGUUUAUCGUACUAUGCUGCAUUCUCGCACAGACAGCACGUAAAAUUCUCGAUCGAGUUUCAUCAAUUCAUGGAUUGGCUAAAGAAUUGUUUCUUGAGGCUAUUGCAGCUGCUGAGCUGUGUUCGACGUGUUUUGAGUUGAUUAUUGUCGCUGACAACUUUGGUGUCGCAACAUACGCCAUUGUCCUGUUCCUCCUCACCGUAUGGUGGUCACAAGUAUGGGGUAAUGCCUCAGCAUGUCCAUAUACUCACAUGGAGGAGAUGAUUGAAGGAAAUGUGACACCACGUGAUGUCGCUCUUAAAACAUGGGCACAAUUAAUGGGAGGCUGCUGUGUAUGGAGAUUUGUACAAUUUUUUUGGUGGCUUGAAUUAGCACAAACACACCGUGGACGUGCAUUUGAGGACUGUUCUGCUGACUUGCAAGUAUCCCCAUUGGCUGGUGCAUUUAUUGAAGGCAUUGCGACACUUUUAUGUCGCUUAGCAUCAAAAACAUUAAGCGAAAAAGGACCAAAAUAUGCAAACAUUUUAGAUAGUUUUGUUGGAACAAGUCUAGUCGUUGCCGCCUUCAAUUAUUCUGGUGGAUAUUUUAAUCCCGUCCUUAGUACCAGCUUGAAAUGGGGCUGCGCAGGUCAUACAGAAAUUGAACAUGUCAUUGUUUAUUGGAUCGGUGCAUGUGGCGGUGCUUUGUUAUCUGUUCCAUUGUUUAAGCAUCCUAUUGUUAGAAAUCUUUUGCUCGGCACCGAUUACGAGAAAGUUAAAGAUGAAUAGAGACAUUUUUAUGGAUCUGAUGAUCAUUUUGUUAACUUUCAACUUCGGUCGACAUCAUUUUUGUUAAUCCAUCCAUCCCAUUGACAUUACAGCAUAUGUGACAAAUUUAUUAAUUUUUUAUCAUUAAUCACUUUUUUGGAGGGGAUUUUUUUUUGUCAGAUGAGG